GUGAUCACUCCUGUCCUAACCUCGAUCCUACAGCCGAUAUACAGGAGCUACAGCUGCGUUAAACACUCUUAAAUCCAACAUGUCAAUUAGCUCUCAGAUAGUUUUGCUGCUUUGUGUCUGCUGCGUUCAAGCGCAGGAUUUCAUGGCACCUAGCGUAAACAUAAUUAGUGAAAUUCAAAAAAUAAAAGCCCUGGAAGAAAGAAUGAAAACGACAGAAGAAGUGAUGCAGAGCCAAAACAACUCGGUGACUGAGCUGACCUCAAAACUGGAGGAUCUGAAAAGUGAAAAUGAAGCUCUGAAGACGACGGUCCAAACUCUACAGGAGAAAGUCGAAAGUCUACGGAACGAAAACGAAGUCAGGAAGGUGGCCUUUUCAGCAUCACUUUUAGCUUCUGGGGAGGGACACACCGGCCCCUAUAAUUCUGUUCCGUCUCCAUUAAUCUACAAAAAAGUCUUCACCAAUGCUGGAAACGGCUACGACUCAAACACUGGGAUCUUCACCGCACCAGUGAAAGGAGUUUACUACUUCAGAUUCUACGCUCACUGUCACGGCGGCAUCAAAAUGGCCGUCAGUCUGUUUAAAAAUGGAGAACGUCAGUGCUCGGUGUUUUCCUGGAAGCCCAUCACUAACGGCAACGCCAGCAACGGGGUCAUUCUCACUCUAGAAAAAGGAGACCAGAUGUUUACCAAGCUGUGGGAAAACACCUGGGUUUAUGAUGAUCCAGAGAGCUAUACCAGCUUUGGAGGGUUUUUACUUUCCCCCCUGUGAAACGGUGCCUUUAACAGAGUUAUUGGGAUGCCUCAUGCAGGAAUUUCAUUAGUUAAAACGUAAAACCAAUUUGAGCUUGAUUUUCUACAAAUUUAUGACCCAAUUACACUCAAGCUAAUCAGACAUGAUAGUGAAUGAAGUGACAGACAAAGAUUUAAAUUCACUGCCGUUCAUUUAAUUAGAAAAAGACUUUAAUGAGUCAGUGUGGAUAUAAACGUGUUUGUAUUUGCAUGCUAUGCUAUAUGUGUGUAAUAAAAUACAAAUCCUAUGA